AUGAUCAAGUUGAAAAAAAGUCAAAAAUUUGCAGAGACCUAUUCGGAGCGUCUUCGUGAUGACUUGUUCAACUUUUUCGCGACGGUAGCUGUAGAGAUUCAAGUGGAGAAUAUCAAGAUUCAGGAGCAGGCGAUGGCGAUUAAGCCUCAAUCGGCGGCUGUGGUGGCUGUCACGGAGGCGGCGAGUUCCCGUCUCUUUACCGCCCUUCUCAUCACGAUCGGAGUCAUCUUGCUUCUCUGUGUUCUAAUCGUGUUUCCUGUCAUCUGUUGUCUCAAAAAGCGUGGAGCAUUCUCGUCAGAACACGUUCAUGAUGAUGAUGUCGAGUUGCCGGAUGAAGGGGAUGACGAACAGAGAUCUCCACGAAGGCCGGCGGCCGUUUCUCCCGCGAGAGCCUUCUCUCCGGCACGUCAUCCGUCCGCUUCUCCGGUGGCUAAAUCCCCCAAAUCACCGAUCCGUCGUGGAAUUUCAAUGAGACCACCGGGAACACCGACAAGAAAUGGAAUCACAUUUCUCGGAUUGGAACUGAGUAUCCUAAUUGGCAUCUCGUUCGUCGCAAUUAUAUCAUGUUGCUUGGCGAUUUCAGUCUAUUCGGUUAAUAUGAUUGUACAGGACAUUUUAUUGGAUAAAAAGAAGCAAAAACUAGUGGAAAAAUAUAAAGAUGCGGAGGAUUUGGAGAAGGAAAAAGAGAAAAAGUUGGAGGAAGAGGAGGAUAAAAAACAGGAGGAAUUGGAGAAGAAAGCGGAAGAAAAACGGGAAAAAGAUGAGGAAGAUAGGUUGAAGAGAAGGGGAAUGCCGCCUGUCUGA